CUUCUUUCUUCCUGUUGUUGGUUGGUUGUUGUUGGGCGGAUACAAAUUUUGAGUUUUUCAUAAUUUUCAGAAAGAAAAAUCAAACUCAAUUUCAAAAUCUGUUAUUAUUGUUUCCAUAAUUAAAAGUGCACUGAAAAUUAUCCUCAGAGCUACCUCGGUCCUCUAGUUUAUAAAUCGACAUUUUGUUAUCCUGGUAAUGUUAGAAUAUGGUAAAUUAGAAACAGCCAAUUUAUUAAAAGAAAAACUACUCAAAUCGACAUGAAACAUGGAGUAAAUUGAACAUAAAUAACAAAUACAAUGAAUCAAAGUAACUCGCACUUAACAGAACAAGAUAAUAUGUUGGAAACGGAUUCGGCGAGUGGCUUAGAACAUGGUAAGCAAAAGAAAUUUAGCUCAGGUUCACUUAGUGGAGACAUGUCCAGACCUAAAGUUGUAACAGUUAAACAUCCAGAUUCAAACAAAUUAAAGCCAACUGCAAAGAAAAAUAAACCUCCCAUACAGGCAGAUUUAGAUGUUAGCAAAGAAUUCGUCAGAUGCAGAGAGGAAGGUUUGAAAAGAUUAGACUUGAGUAAGUCAAAUAUAACAAAUCUCCCACAAACAAUAAGAGAUUUAAAUCACUUAGUCGAGUUGUACUUAUACGGCAACAAAUUAGUGCAAUUACCAGUAGAAAUUGGCUGUCUUGGAAAUUUGCAAAUGUUAGCUCUAAGUGAAAAUUCUUUAACUAGUUUACCAGACUCAUUGGAAAAUUUAAAAAAUUUAAAAGUACUUGACCUGAGACAUAACAAACUAAAUGAUAUUCCAGAUGUUGUUUAUAAAUUAACUUCUUUGACAACAUUGUACCUUAGAUUUAACAGAAUCAGAUUUGUUGGUGAUGAAAUAAGUAAUUUAACUUCUCUUGUGAUGUUCAGUUUGAGAGAGAAUAAAAUUAGAGAAUUGCCUGCUGGGAUCGGAUGUCUUAUAAACUUAGGAACUUUUGAUGUGUCCCAUAAUCAUCUUGAACAUCUUCCUGAUGAAAUUGGAAACUGUAAAAACCUAAGCACCUUGGAUUUACAACAUAAUGAACUAAUUGAUAUACCAGAUUCAAUUGGUAACUUACAACAACUGACCAGAUUAGGCUUAAGAUAUAACAGAUUAUCCUACAUACCUUCAACUUUAAGUAAAUGUUGUGAAAUGGAAGAUUUCAACUUGGAAGGUAAUGCCAUAAGUCAACUACCAGAAGGACUUUUAUCUAGCUUGAACAAAUUAACAAGCAUUACACUAUCGAGAAAUACCUUUGCAGCAUUUCCUUCUGGAGGCCCAUCACAGUUUACCGAUGUAGAUUCUGUAAAUUUGGAACAUAAUCAAAUUGAUAAAAUUCCUUAUGGGAUAUUUUCGAGGGCAAAAAGGUUGACAAAGCUCAAUAUGAAGGAAAAUCAGUUAACAUCACUACCUCUUGAUGUUGGGACUUGGAUUAAUAUGGUGGAAUUGAAUCUAGGUACGAACCAACUAACCAAGUUACCAGACGACAUACAAUGCCUUCUAACCCUAGAAGUAUUAGUUCUAUCCAAUAACCUCCUCAAAAGAAUACCUCCCAGUAUUGGUAAUCUCCGGAAACUAAGAGUCCUGGAUUUAGAAGAAAAUCGCCUUGAACAACUUCCAAAUGAAAUCGGUUAUUUAAAAGACCUUCAGAGACUCAUUGUCCAAUCCAACCAACUCACACAGCUACCACGUGCCAUUGGCCACCUAACCAAUUUAGUGUUCCUCAGCAUUGGAGAAAACAAUUUGGGAUAUCUUCCAGAAGAAAUUGGCACCUUAGAAAAUCUAGAGUCUCUUUAUGUUAACGACAAUCCUACCUUACACAAUUUACCAUUUGAAUUAGCUCUUUGUUCAAAUUUACAAAUAAUGAGCAUUGAAAAUUGCCCAUUGUCACAAUUGCCUGCUGAAAUCGUUGCAGGUGGACCCUCGUUGGUGAUACAAUAUUUAAAAAUGCAGGGCCCUUACAGAGCUAUGUGAUGCACAUAAUGGUAUCAAAAGGUAUGUCAUAUGGUAUAAACCAUAAGUAUAUUUGAUUUGAUGAAAUUGCACCUCAAACAUAUUUUUUCUAAAUCAUCAUUUGGUUUAUAUAAGGGAGGAAUAAUAAAUUGAACUUGAGAAAUGAGUGUUUAGUUAAAGUUUUUGUAAUAAUUCUUGUUGAAUAACAUCAUUUGGUGUAUUUGAGGCAUGCUACAAUAAGAAAUAUUUAGCAAAAGCAAUUUUUUUAUUCAUAUUUAUAUUGGCUAUAUUUCAAAUUUAAUAUGAGCAAAUCAGUAUUCUUUCGAUAUUCAAUCAAUAAAUUUCGUUAGGUUUAAUUAAUAUUUUAUCCUGGAUUACUCAAAAAUAUGUAUAUUUGAGGCAAAGCCCAUCAAUUACCUCAUAAAUUGACUACUUUCUGCAACGAUCUAUUAAACGACUAUGCAUGUAAAAGUAUUUUUAAUUUGUCUCACUUCCUUUAUUUUUAUCAUAGUUACUGGGUAGGCGAUUUCAAACGAUUCACACUAAAGUAUUUUGAGAUAAAAAAAUAGUAGGUUAGGGAAGGGAUCAACAUUUAGAAUAUAUAACAACAUAUGAAAUUAUCAUACAAUACUUAAGUACAACUUCAAUAGAAAAAAUAGCAAUCACUCUAAAUAUUGGCCCUUCUCUCUAUAACCUAAACUACUAUAGUCAAUAAUUUAAACUUUUCUUAAGAUGUUUGGGGGGAUCGUUUUGAAUAGAAUACCUGGAAUGUAAAGUUUAUUUCAAGAGCUGUGAUAGUUGGCAUGAACAAUGAACAGGGUGUGAGCAAUAAGUUAUUUAAACAUACAAAAAAGUCAUCCUGUAUAAAUGAGCGAGUAUAUGAGUUGUUAAUAGCGACAGUGCCAUUUUUACAUUAUCCUUUUGACAAAAACUGGGAAAUAAUGAAAACAACAUGGGGGCUCUGUGAAACAGGAGAAGUUAUUGUUUUUCCUGAGUCUUGAUCUUAAUCCGCACCAAAUAUCUUCCAGAUUACCUUUUAGCAACACUAAUCUCUUUGAUAAGUGAAGACAGCUUUAAGUAAUAUUGGCUUGUACAUCAUGGACCUGCUCCCCUGAUUCAAUAGAAAGUCCUGAUAAAUAUCCCCAAUUACUUUCUGCAGAUCCACCUCCAAUCCUUAUUGAUGACACACUAUACAUAUAGUUUUUAUGUGCUAGAGAUAUACGAUCAAUUUUCUGAAUGUUUCCAGGUGGUAGGAAAAGAUACCUGAAAUAAUAUUCUCAAUGGCUUGGUGAAGGAAUCACAGUUUUUGAGUCGAAUAGGUGGUACUCCAUCUGAAUCUGCCCCAAUUAAUUGAUUGAUAUUUCAAAGCCGUUCUGUAAAAUCUUCUUCCUGCGAAAAAAAUGAGUUCAAGUUGCUCAGCACCCGAUAUCCCAGAGAUGAUGUUGGUAUAUUUUAUAUCACAGGACUGAAAGAAAGUCACAAAACCGGUCAGAGCUUGAGUUCCAUUGGGUCAAUUUUUUUAAUGAAAUUGUAUACUGCUUCCACGCUGUUCACUGCUUACAUAAACUACCUGGGCUAGUGAAAUGAACUAUAGGCUAAGCAUAAUGUAAUACGUAUUUGUUAAAAACUAGUCUUUCAGAAUGAAUACAAUAUUAUUAUGUGAUAUCGAUUUAUUUUAGUUGAAUAUUAUAUUUCUAAAAUUAGACUUUAUACAGAAUUUCUAGCUAAUUCGAAAUUAUUUAUGUUUAAUUUUUUUGAAAGAAUUUUUACUUACCUAAUGUCUUCUAACCAUCACAAAGGGGGAAUAUUGACAGAGCAGCUAUACAGGGGGUCAUUUUUUAAUUGAAUGCAUACCUACUUUCCUUAAUAAGUGGAGUCAUCUAAGAAUUAUUUUUCUAAAGCUGCUUUUAGCUGACAUAAACAUCCUCUAUUAUAUCAGCUGAGAUUUCGCACAAAAUGUAUGUUUGUAUGAUAUAUAUUGAUAAUAGUUAAGUGAAUAUCAUAGAGAGCAUACCCUGUUGUUUUAAGAAUAUAUUGAUGAAACACAUAGAGCAAAGAGAUCAGUGUCUACUUUUUAUGUAUAUUAGACUCUCUUGUCAUCGAUGUUAUUAAUUGUUAGUUGUUUGCUUGAAUGUUGCUAAAUAAAUAAAAUAAUGUAUUUUAAUGAUAAUGGUUAUUUUAUUGGAAUAAGUAUUUAUAACGGAACCUAUUACAAUAUUCCCAAAACUGCUUGAAGUAAACCUAUAAUGGGUCCAAAAAUAGGCGAAAAAAAGGCCACAAUUGGGAUUUGUUUGAGAACAAUCUUCAAAUCUCGUAGGACUGAUUUUAUGCCUUUUCCUAAUAUGGUUGCUUGGACUGACAUGAUGUGAAAUGUCAGAACCGCAAAGAAAAGUAAAACGAUGGUAUUUGUAGAAACCAUUUUUUCUACAAUAAAAAAACAAUAUAAAAUUUAAUUAUCACAGGUCAUAGUUUAGGGAUUGAAAAGGGCAAGGAGUUAUUUAGUCAUUUGGGAUAUUGUAAGGGCGUCUUCCAAUGCACUCAGUUGUAAAGUGAACCAAUAUGAGGCAAAAAAUACUAUAUAUUUGCUAUAGGUACCUACCACAAAUUCCUUCUGCCUUCCAUGUUUGCCAGAGAGAAUCUUUUAAAUAUAAUUGAAACUAAUUUAUUGACAUUUUAUAGUGUUACAAUAUUGAAAAAACACGUUUAACUAGACCCAACAUGGGAUUGAUAGCAGGAGCCAAAGCAGAAAUAAUUGGCACUUGUAGAAGAAGGGUUUGAAUUCGGUUAAGCAUAUUGGCCAGUGUUCUUCCUAUAGCGGUUCCUGCAUUUGCUGACAAGACAUGCACCAGUAGAAGGCAGAAGAAAAUUUGGAACACUCUGGUAGACAGCAUCCUGCUCUAAAAAUUGAAAGAUUAACAAAAUAAUUUAAAUGUGGAGUUCAAGAUAAAUAGGAAAAUGGUUAGGUAUUUGUUUAAAUCGGAGCU